AUGGCCCAGCAAUGUCCCACCAUAGCUACAGACCCACCCACACCUAACACGUAUCACAGUUUAAUUUCUGUGCCCUACGGAAAAGCAUGGAAAGAGCAGCGAAGAUUUUCACUGACAGUUCUCAGGAAUUUUGGGCUGGGCAAGAAAUCGGUGGAGGAGAGGAUCCUGGAUGAGGCCACUUACCUGCUGCAAAGCUUUGAGGAAAGAAAGAGGGAGCCUUUUGAUCCCUUCUGUCUUGUCAACCACGCCGUGACCAACAUUAUCUCCACGCUUCUUUUUGGGAAGCGUUUCGGAUAUGACGAUGACUCCCUGAAAAAUGUCUUAGACCUGGUGCAUGAGAAUAUGAAAUUGGCUGCUGGAUUCUGGGCACAGAUGUCAAAAAUAUCAACUAAGCCCUAUAACAGUGUGAACGGGAAUACCGCGGACAAGCCAUUCCUGACGGAAGAGCAGGAGGAGCACAGGGCAACACUUGUUCCUGGACAGCACCGUGACUACAUUGAUGCAUACUUGGAAGAAAUACAGAAGUCAGAGGAUAAAGGAUCAAGUUUUGAAGAGGAAGGCCUGAUUAUUAUUCUGAUCGAUCUGUUUGUUGCUGGAUCAGAGACAACCUCAUCAACACUUCUGUGGGCUUUGCUCUACAUGAUGAUGUUCCCAGAGGUCCAAGAGAAAUGUCAAGCGGAACUGGACACUGUUCUCAGAAAUAAUCCAUGCAUCAAGUACGAAGAUCGGGACAGGCUUCCUUACACAAAUGCUGUCAUCCAUGAAAUCCAGCGCUUUGCAAAUGUGGUACCCAUGGGGGUUCCUCAUGCCCCGAUCAAAGAUGUGCAGCUUUUGGGUUAUACAAUCCCCAAGGACACCACAGUAAUAACCAACCUCAUUUCCGUACACCGUGAUGAGUCUCAGUGGAAGCACCCUUAUGAAUUCAACCCCUCCAACUUCCUGAAUGAGAAGGGAGAGUUUGUGAAGUCUGAAGCCUUUCUAGCAUUCUCAGCAGGUCCCAGGGGCUGCCUAGGGGUGAGCCUGGCUCGUAUGGAACUGUUCCUCUUUUUCACAGGCAUCCUGAGAAAAUUCCAGGUGAUGUGGCCAGAUGAAUCAAAAGCCCCAGACCUGACACCCUGCUAUGGGGUCACCCUGUCCCCAGCACCCUUUAAAGUGGCACUGAAAUGUCGCUGGCUGUAAUGUAUCCAGUCUGACCGCGUGGCUGGGUUGGGCUCCACACGGUCAAGCGCUAACAUCGAGCUUCGCUCCACAUAACAAAGGACUAAGCAGAUCCUAGCCCACCCCUAUCCGAGGGCUAGUGUCCCAGCCAAGAGCCUAUGGA